CUCGUCGGCCUAGGACUCCUCGGUUCUCAGCUCGAGGCCUCAGUGCUGAGGCGUUGCGUUUCGCGGGGAGAACCGGCUCUGCCCGGCUCGCUCGAGUUGCCCGGCGGGCCGCAGCCCCGGAAGAGCAUCCUCGUUUCCCCUCGUCUUCCUGCCGGCCUGGCUGGGCCUCCGUGGCCUUUGCCAUCUCCAGGAUCCGCGAAGGCACCGUCCGAGCUCGCCGAGCACAAGGCGUGGCUUUAACGAUAACCCCGAAUCCCCAGUCCCUGGGCGCCCACGAGGCUCAGAAAUACAAACAAAUUAAUGUGGUGGUCUGAAAUGUAUGUUCCCCAGUCUUUCUCUGAUGGCCGUGGACAGGAAUACUUUAGCUGGGAAGCUGUGUGCUCCUAUCCAGCAAUUGCAGGACCGUGAGAAGAGAAAGCAUCCUGUCAAUCGGUAAGCCACCUGCUGUCACCAUGCCCAAGAGGAAGGUCAAAGGAGAUGCCAAAGGUGAUAAAGGCAAGGCAAAGGAAGAGCCACAGAGGAGAUCCGCAAGGUUGUCUGCUAAGCCUGCCCCUCCCAAACCAGAGCCCAGGCCUAAAAAGGCUCCUGCAAAGAAAGGAGAAAAGCCGCCUAAAGGGAGGAAGGGGAAAGCAGAUGCUGGCAAAGAUGGGAACAUCCCUGGAAAAACCCAAGAGGUGUCCACAGCAGAAGGCUCUGGGGAUGCCAAGUGAAGUAUCUAUUUUUGAUAGCUUUCUAAUUAGUAACUCUACGAUUGAAAUACUGUUGUCAUUUUUUUAAAAUCAAGUUUUCUAUAAAUGUCAAAUUUUGCUUCUUUUUUUUUCCCCUCAAAGUUAUGUUAUUAGUACACAGAACACUUUGAUGUUGUCUUUUGCGGAAAAAGAAAAUACCACUAAUAAAGUGUGUCUCAGAAGCUGAACUGAAAUGAAACUAGGCUUUCCUAACCUGGUCUUUGAAGAUUGUCCUUAGUUUCCUGGAAAGAGUCUCUUACCUUCUCUCAUUUUAGCAACUGGCAAAGAAGCCUUACAAUGUUGGGGACAGAACUUGAUCUCUCCCCUUUCAUUUCAUCAGCAUAGGUCCUAACUGCAUCGAACCAACAGUCCUGGUGUGGCCUUGUCACCCCCGAAAUCAAUGGUUAGGAACAACACUCAAGCUUUCUAAUACUAACAUCAAGCUGGUGUAGCCCCAAAGAGCCAAGAUUCUGCCUUUAUUUGAAUCGUCCUGCUGAGAAUCCUGCAGGUUUUGGUUCAUUUCUUCCAUGCCACAGUUUGUGAUAAGCAAUUGUGUGUGUCUCAUGUGACAUGCCCACCCUCUUCAGUAACCUUGCCCUGUUCCAAGCAGCAGCAAAGGACUUUGUGUAGACUUUUACAGUGACAUUUUGGGAAAUUGGAGCUUCAAAGUUAUAAAAAGUUGUCUAAGUUCUACAGGAAGUAACUUUCUGAAAAGUAUCUUACAAAGCUAGAAACCAGUUGGAUUGUGGGGGGGGGGGGGGACAUUAUUUCUAUACCCGAAGUUGAGAAAUAUUCUUUAUUGCCUUGUGAAUGUUUAUAGGUUUUCCUUCUUACACAUCUUUUUAGUAACCUGAAUUGAUUCUGUGCAAAGUAUGAAGUAAAAAUUCAAUUUCACAAUUUUCCAUAUGCUACUAACUGAAGUUUGUCUUUCCCCUUAUUAAUCUAGAAUGCUGGUUCUUCUGUAAAUCCACUUUCUAUGUAAUCAUGAGUCUGUUGAUGGUUCCUAUCUAGCUUUGUGGCUAGUUUGUCUAAUUGGAAUCCUAUUACAACUUAAAAAAAUCUUAAUAAAAACCAAGAUGCAGGAAGGAA